ACCAGAACAAACAUGGCGGUCGUGAUGGACGACUUUGAGUAGUUUAUGCAUCGUUGCUGGUUUCGAGCUUGAAACGUUAUCUCGUGACAAAUAUUUUGAAAAUAAUAGCAAGAUGUCUUCAGCUGGAAUUAUUUUAUGUGAAUGCACAGAGGUUUAUAACGUUCUAAAUCAGGUUUGUUUGGCUGUCUGCUUGAGUAUGUGCUAGCUAGCACAAGUGCAGAAACGAAGUGUGUAAUGUAUCAGAAUAACAUAAUAGAUCUGUAAGCUUUAUUAAUUCUGCCCUUAAGAUAUAGUUUUUUAAGCAAGUGUGAACUAAGGAAAAAACCUGACAUUUUCAAUAAACCCAAAAUCACAACUCCCCAGAGCAGGGCUGCAUGUCAUCAGGUUUACUAGUAGCUGGGUAUUAAAAGUGCAAUUAGUAGGCGGGGAACUUGCUUGUUUGUUUUUUUGCUUUUUUUAUGAAAAUAGACGGGGGUCAUGCUUGUAGUAGCUGGGGAAAUCCCUGGUUAAAGGGACCUAUCAAGAAACAAUAUUAGUUUUUACAAGAAGCAAUUUGUCUCACUUUCAAGGAGGCUUUUUUGAUGCUUCUCCAGGGCUGUGUUUUUUUUUAUUAUUCUACUAACAACUCAUUUAAUUUCUGUUUGUACAGGCUUCCCAGUAUCCAAGGCUGAGUGAUCCUAAUUAUCUCCUCCUUUUAGGUAAGAAGCCUGUGUAGUGGAUUGGGAAGAGGAAAUAGAUGCAUCACAGACAAAUGAAGGCAGGGUGGCGUAGUGGUUAGAGCACUGGACUUGUAAACUGGACACCCUGAGUUCAAGGCCCGACCUAACCACUUUCUGGAUUUGUUCUUGGUAAUCCCAAGUUCAAAUCCUUGGCCACACUUGUAAAGUAGCCAACUUAAAUUCGCCUCCUACCAGUUUGGAUUUUUAACCUUGUUAUGUUACAUUUAUAAUUGCUUCCUUAUCCCUAAAAAGUCCCAUAAGGGGAGAGAAUAAUAAGUUAUGUAUUUUUUUCAUGAUUACUAAUUUUUUACCAUAAGUAAUGUAAAAGGGAUUAGUCCUUAACCCAGACAAAAGGGUCAUCAUAAUAUUAUUAAUGAUUAACGUAUACUUAAUGGUGUAACAAAAGGCUUGGAAACUGCACAACUCCUGCAGCUAUAGGUGGUUUUCAUGCAAUGUCGGGAGACACAAAUAACAAUGGUGAAAUGAACAAAUGCUGGUGGACAAACAAAGCGAGCUAAUGAGCGAUCUUUUGUUUACCGUCCACCAGCAUGGCGGCGAUGACGUAACGUGAAAACCACCUAUUGAAAAUAUACGUAUAUUUAAAAUCUUGUUGGAUGAAAUGGCAAUAGCAAAAAUUACUGAGUUAUUAAUUUUGUCCUGUAAGAGACAGCUUUUACCAGGAAUAUUCUACAUCUUCCAUGCAUUAUGUGGUGUGAUAGUUUGUAUACUCUUCAUCUUGAGCAGACUCAUUUUAUUCAGAUCUUUUUUAACAGCAGAAGUGAGUAUAAAGAAUUUCUGUAACAAUUUUCUUGCUUGUAUGUUUUUCAGAUACAAGAGAAAACCAUGACUACAGUGAAAGCCAUGUAAUAACUGCAAAAUUUGCUCCAAGGGUAAGAUUAAUUUUAUUGAGCUGUUUUCAGUGAUUCAAUGUUAAAGUUGCUAUGUUUUGUUUAUUUUCAGAAUGACAUUGGUGCUUUUACAGUUCCAAAUGAUGCUGAGCUGGAAACAAAGGAACAUGUUGUUAUUUAUGACAGUAACACAAGUUCACUGAAGGACAAAAGUAAGUCAUGCUUUGACAUUAUUCACUAAAUUUAUAUUAGAAACAAUAAUAAUAAUAUUUAACACCAUCAAGAAAUUCAAAGUCGCACAAAUCACAAACAGUUUAUAAAUAUCCUGAGAAUAAUAUUUCAUUAUUAUAUUUCAGAUAGCCCUGCUCUUUCAUGUGCCAAGCUGAUGUGGGAUAUGGGAAGCAAAAAUUCUGUAAAAGUUAUCAAAGGCAAGAAAUUUAUUUAUAAUCUCUUACAGGAGCCAUAAUAUAAAGACUGCUUGUAAAUGGGGUGAAGGACAGUAUAAGGACCUUAAUUUCUACAACAUCAGCUAUUUAAUAAGUUUUACCUUUUUAAUAAUGUUUUAGGUGGAUAUGAGGAAUUUUCAGCACUGUACCCAUUUCUUCGCACACAAAAGAUCAUCUACAUGCCAAGGGUAAGCUUGCAAAUAUGAACAUUUUUUAAGUUGUAAGUCAUCAAGAGACUUCCAAAUCUUUCAACUGGCCACUUUUGAUACAUGUUAUAUAAUUCUGUUAUUUGAACAGUUCUCUGAGAAGCAACUCACAGCUUCACAACUUAGAUAUAUAAAGCCACCUUUAGAUGCUUCUUAUCACUUAUGACACUUUUUAGACAGUAACAAUGAUCAGUAGCAUGGUAGUCAUGAUCACAAGAAAAAUGCACCGCUCUGCAUAAAAUAUAUUAUUUGAAUAUCUCGGCGCACAAUUAUUGAAUGCAUUUGAGACUUUCCUCGAUAAUCAGAGGUAUAUCAAAGAUUAUUUUCUGAUAAAGGUGGGAAAUUAUGUUUCAUCAUAAAAAAAUAAAUCCGCACUGAGUUUGGAAGGUUGCCGUAAAAACAUGGCGUCAUGCGUAACACGUGCGGAUAGACGUCCUUCACUUUUUGCCUGUUUUCGCUAACUUCUAUUUGUUUUGCCAUCCUCAAAACUGUUACAUGUUAAGAAUAUUCUUAUCCCUCAUUUUCCUUAGGGAUAAAACAACAUCACAUACAGUGGAACCUCAAUUUAAUUAGUGUCCAUAUAACAAAGUCCUCGGUAUAACGAACAAUAUCAGGGGUUGACAUUUGCAUUUUAAGUUGGUUUCCCUUUGGGCAUCAAAGCCUCACAAUCUAGUUGCCCAAAAUAUUCGGUACAGACAAAUUAAAUGACGGUAUGUCUGCAAAACAGGAAUAUUUUUCCUAUAACGGCUUAUCUAGCCAUGUAGACUAAGCGAACUGACACUUUUCAUGCUUGAACAAAACAAUAAGCCAUCCAUGGCAGCUAAAGAAUGGUUAGACUAAUCAUUACUACUGGGGUACAUUAUUUUAAUCACUUUUGUUGUGUGUUAUUCAAUGAAUAUCAACAAAUAAUUUAUAUGAUAAGAUAAAAUAUUAAACAGAAUUUUAAUCUAAACAAUGCACGAUAUAUAUCAAAAGUUUUUUUUAUUUUUUAUAUAGUUUAUAUUGUAAAAUUGGCUAAACUAAACUUGUUGCUUGAUAAACUAAGGGUACAGUAAAAAGGGCAACAGUCAAAAAAGAGCAACAUGUUUUACAACAUUGCUGCAAAAUGAGUUGAAAGGCAAUGUUGCGCAUUUUAGCACCCAUGAUCAAUCAAACCUGUCUUGCAACAAAUUUGGGUGUUGCAGGUUGCCAAAAGUAGUUGCAAAAAGUAGAAAUAAGCUUUUUAUUUUUUAUUUUUUUUAAUUGGAAACCAAAUUCAUUCUGCUGAUAUUUCUUUGAGAAUAAAAGUUGUUUUCAGCAAAUUGAAGCAGUUUUCUAUUCAAGGAAGGCUGUUUUGCUGUGAGUUUUUCUCCCUGUAAGGUAACUUUGCUAGAUCACAAUAGAAAGUUUCUGGAUUAUUCAUGUUAACCUACAACUUUCACAGAAAUUUCAGUUGCCCAAUCCGGCAACUUAAGGCUCCAAAACUCAGUUGCCCUGAUAAAUUUUUUUGUUGCCCCGGGCAAGCAAGCAGCUGUUAAUGUCAGGUCCUGAAUAUGCCUAUGAUAUAAUAUAUCGAAACCUUCAAAUAGCAAGCAUUGUUUGUCAUUCCCUUAUUCCUUCAUUAUAUCCAAAUUCCACUGUGCAAUUGUUUUGAACAGGGCCCUUCAAGUGUUGACUUUUCAUUACACUAACAUGUGCAUGUUCACCUGUAUCAUAUCAGCUAAUUUCUUGAUAACAGGAGUUGGAUGUGAUCAGUACUUAUCCACUGGAGAUAAUUCCUGGUUUCCUGUUUGUGGCAACAUUUCAACAAUCCCAAGACAGAAGAAUCAUAAAGGACCUUAAAGUCAAGGCAAAUGUUAUUGUUGGAAAAGAGAAUGACACAGUGUAAGUCACUUUUUUCUGUUCCUUGUUAUUUGCAGGGAGAAGAAGCCAGGUGUAUGUCAUGGUUGAUCUAUAGGUGGGGUUCUUAUUUGAGAGGGGGUGCUUAAUAGAGGAUUUACUGUAGUCACUUCAAUUCCAAAUGAAUGAGAAAAAAAGAGCAAUUAAUGCAAAUUCCAAACGGAUUUUAAGACAUCUUUUUGUUGGCGUGUAUGUCAUGUUUAUGACCCUUGUUUGUUUUCUGAAUAUGGGUGUGGAAAAUGACAUUUUUGGUCCAGGAAUAGGGUCAAGAUUUGGAGAACAGGGCGGCACACCCCUAGCAAGAUUUCCUACGCGUACCCCCGGGGAUAAAUUUAUAAUCCACUCGGUCAAGAUGUGGUCCACAGGCUAGCAACUUCAGCUUAUAGUAACUAAACGAGUACUGGGUACUGAGACCAAGUGCAUUGAAGGUAUAUGUAUACUGUGUUAAGUUAAUUCUAUUUACCAGUUUAACCUGGUAACCUAGGGUGAAUCACUGGUCUUACCUAAGAACGGCCUUUAACUACAACAUAUGAAAUAUAGGGACAUAUGUAGGGAAUAGCCUCAAAGAAAAUAUAGGAAUAGACACAGUCGCUUUCGAGGCAGCUAAUUUUCCCAUUUGUGCUCUUAGUUGUAGAAUAUUUUAUGCAGUGGCUUUUUGAAGGUACAUACCCUGUGAGCAAGCUCUCCAUUUGGAGGGGGAGUCGCAAGAAGUCACACGAGAACAGCAGGCGAAAGGAGAUGGGAGUGCGAGGGGCGGGAAAAGAAAGGGAUAAUUAAAUGGAGAGGCUUGCUCGCAGGCCAAAGGGUACGGAAUUCAGUAGUUAAAUUUUCUUGUGUGAAUAUAGGUUUGCUCCAGAAAGCACAACACUUGGUCGAGAGGACAAAAGAGUCAAGCAGAUUCUAAGAGUACCAAUUGAUGAUAAUGGUGAAGAGGAUCUCUUUUCACACCUGUCAGACAUUGUUAAUUUUAUAGGUAAGAAACGAUAUUUUCACUAGUGUGAUAGUGGCAUUUGUUGUUAGGCUAGAACGGUACCAGAGGGUUUUUUUUUUCUUUUUCAUUUCAUAUGGGUCUUUCCAUCUUGGGUAUUCAGAGGGAUUUUUGGAGCCAGGGUGAGUCUAACCCUGGGUACCAUAUGGGUUAUUCCAUCUUAAGUAUUUCGGAAGAGACACAUCUUCGUCCAAAGGCCGAAGAGACGAGCCGCGGGUAUAGUCUUGACCGAAACCGGAAACCGCGCACGAAAACCUGGCACCCAGGGAAUAGUCUAAAAACUAAACCAACAUCUCAUGACGUCACCACUGAUUUUCCCGCGAAAUGAAGUGUCGCUACCAAAUCUAACAUACCUUGUGCUUCUGAUUGAUUUGCUGCAACCAAUCAGAAGCGCUACCCAGAUCCAAGUAGUGAUACGUCAUCAGUGUGGUAUUUAUGCGCUCGUUCAUCAGCUGUAAUUUGGCGGGCAAACCAGAAGUGGCAUCGCAAAAUGUAGGCUCCUUUCUCAGGCUAUAGUCUUGUUUUGUGUGUGCAAAAGCAUGCAAAGUCUUCUUUUUUUCUGUAGAUGAUCACCAAACAAAAGAUGGCCGAACAGUUCUUCUGAGUUCUUCACUGGGAAUAAGUCGCAGUGUGACUGUUGCCAUAGCUUAUUACAUGUGGAAUAAAAAAGUUUCGUUGAAGGUAAUUUCAGUUAUUUCCAACCCAGAGUACGUUUCUUGACACCAUAGAAUACGCACAAAAACCAAUAAAAAUUGGGAUCAUUAUUAAUGUUUGGAUGAUGAAUUAUACGUUUUUGGAUCAUUAUACGAACUAAUUAGGUCAAAAUGUUGGCAAGGGCGGUGGGCAGCAGAAAAGAACUAAUAAUUGGAAUAUUUUCAAGGUCAAAAGAACUUUUUUCAAGGUCAGGGAAAAAGUCAAGGCGUCUUAAAGAAAGUUAUAGGAAGUUCUUCCUUCUUAGCAAACGUAUUCAUUGUGUUUUGUAUUUUAUUUUGUAGGAUGCCUACAACCACUUGAAAAAAUGCCGAGAAAACAUGCAGCCAACAAGAGGAUUUAUCGAACAGUUGUCGUGCUGGGAAGAAAAGAUGUUCGGUUCACUUGUCACCGACAUUAGUGAACCAGAAUACUGAGUUUUGAACGUAACUGUGAACUGUAUAUAUAGUUUAAAAAUGGCAUUUUAUUGGCAAUUUGCUGUAAAUAUUAAUAUAUUUAUUCCAUUCGAACGCCAUCUCUCAAUUUUACUGUCAAAGAGAAAAUUUUGCCAUCGUCAGUAGUAAAACAAAAGGACACGCG